GUAUUACCAAAGCUAAACCCUUUCUCUCUCACUCUCUCUACAGAGGAGCAAUUGCAAACAUGCCCUUAUCUUUCCUCUCGCUUCCGCCAUUCCCUCCACCGCCACUUCUCUCUUACUCCUCUAAGCUCAGACCCACCGCAUUCAAGCCGCCCCUUCUCUCCAUCUCCGCCCUCGGCCCCGACGGCAAAUUCUACCCAACCCCUUCCGAUGAGGACCCUCCCGAAGCCCCCGAAGACUCCAUGCACGGCGUCAACAAAUUCCAGCAAAUCCAGCGCCAGGCCGCCCGCGCCCGCAAGCUCCAGGAGGAGCAGUACAAGAAGGACCAGCCUACAUUCCUCAAGGCGCUCGAGGAAACCGACGACAUUCCCGAUUCAGUCAUCGAUGCCGACACUGGAGAUGAUCCCUUCGGCGAAGUUGACAAGGCGAUUGCUUUGAAACGCCGCGAAUUUAUCAAGCAGGGGUUAAUUAAGCCGAGCUCGAAGAAGAAGCCCGAGCCGGAAGCUGAAAUUGAGGUUGCGGAUGAAUUGGAGCCUGAAGAGGUUGUCGAUUUGGAGGAAAUUGAGGAGCUGCACGGGCUGACUGAGACCUCAGGCGAUGAGAGCGACGAAGGGAUUGUGGACAAGUCUGAUCUCGAGGUCAGUGAAGCUGAAUUAUCGAGCUCCUUCGAUUUCGAUUUUGAUGAAUUUGGGAAAACUAAACCUAGAAUUGUGGAUCCUAAGUUUAAGAUGAGUUUAGCUGAGCUGUUAGAUGAGAGUAAAGUGGUUCCUAUUUCGGUUUAUGGGAACCUAGAGGUGGAAAUCACUGGGAUUUCGCAUGAUUCACGUGUCGUUGAGAGUGGUGAUUUGUUUGUGUGCUGUGUGGGUACGAAGACUGAUGGGCAUUUGUAUUUAUCGGAGGCAGAUAAGAGAGGCGCUGUUGCUGUUGUCGCGAGUAAAGAGAUAGAUAUAGAGGGUACAUUGGGGUGUAAGGCCCUGGUACUUGUAGAGGACACCAAUGUUGUUCUUGCUGCGUUGGCAGCUUCAUUUUUUAGGCAUCCGUCUAGGAGCAUGUCGGUCAUUGGUGUCACGGGGACAAAUGGUAAGACAACAACUUCUCAUUUGAUAAAGUCGAUGUAUGAGGCAAUGGGGUUGAGGACAGGUAUGUUGAGCACGGUAGGGUAUUACAUUCACGGGGAUACCAAGCUGGAGUCGAGUAUGACCACUCCCGAUGCAGUUUUGGUGCAGAAGUUGGUGGCCAAGAUGGUGCAUAAUGGUACUGAGGCAUUGGUGAUGGAGGCCUCUUCUCACGGGCUGGCAUUAGGGAGGUGUGAUGAGAUUGACUUUGAUAUUGCGGUUUUCACAAAUUUGACUAGGGAUCAUUUAGACUUUCACGGGACGGAGGAGGAAUAUAGGGAAGCUAAGGUUAAGCUUUUCCAGAGGAUGGUAGACCCAUCACGCCACCGGAAGAUUGUGAACAUUGAUGACCCAAAUGCAAUGUUUUUUGUUGCACAGGGUAAUCCUGAUGUACCCGUUGUGACCUAUGCAAUGGAAAAUAAGAACGCAGAUGUGCAUCCUUUGAAAUUUGAGUUAUCUUUGUUUGAGACUCAGGUUUUAGUUAAUACACCUCAAGGUAUAUUGGAGAUCUCAUCGGGGCUGCUUGGGAGGCAUAAUAUAUACAACAUUCUUGCAGCUGUAGCCGUUGGAAUUGCAGUUGGGGCACCUUUGGUGGACAUUGUCAGAGGAAUUGAAGAGGUCGAUGCAGUGCCAGGCAGGUGUGAGUUGAUAGAUGAGGAACAGGCUUUUGGGGUUAUUGUGGACUAUGCCCAUACUCCAGAUGCAUUAUCGAGGCUCCUUGAUUACGUGAGAGAGCUUAACCCUAGGAGGAUUAUAACUGUGUGUGGGUGUGCUGGUGAAAGUGACAGAGGGAAGAGGCCAAUGAUGACAAAGAUAGCCACAGAAAAAAGUGAUAUUACUAUCUUGACAUCAGACAAUCCAAAAAAUGAAGAUCCUUUGGACAUCUUGGAUGAUAUGCUGGCUGGAGUAGGUUGGACCAUGCAAGAUUACUUGAAACAUGGAGAGAAUGAUUACUAUCCGCCUCUUCCUAAUGGACAUAGACUAUUUUUACAUGAUAUUAGACGGGUAGCUGUACGAUGUGCUGUAGCCAUGGGCGAGGAAGGUGACAUGGUUGUGGUGGCUGGUAAAGGCCACGAAACAUAUCAAAUAGAAGGUGAAAAGAAGGAGUUCUUUGAUGAUCGGGAGGAAUGCCGAGAAGCAUUACAGUAUGUAGAUGAGCUUCACCAAGCUGGAAUCGAUACGAGUGAAUUUCCAUGGAGGUUGCCAGAGAGUCAUUAGUGUAUUCCAAUGAACAGAAAAUGAUCGAGGCUACUAGCUCAAGGGAAAAAAGGCCAUUUUAUAAGCAUCAGCCGAUUAUAACGCACCUGAUCUUGAUGAGUCACAUAUUUCAAAAGUCUGAGCAUGCAAUCAAAGACACAACAGUUUCACUCGAACAAGCAGAUGGUUGAGUGGUUACUUCGACAACAUCCACUCUCGUUCUUUGGCAAACUGAGAAGCUCCAAUUUUCACAAGGAAGUAUAUUAAUGUAAAGUAAUUGUUACUGCCCAUAUUACUACUGUAGUCUAUAUCCCAUAUAUCUAUAUCAUUAUCCCACUCAAAUGUUGAGGUGGAUUAUUAGCAUAUGUUUGAGACUAAAUUGAAGAACUAAAGCGGUAGUCUUGUUGUGCCAUGUUGUUUUAACUUUUGUGGCUAAUCUAUCUUGCAACUCUGGUUUUUCUA